AUUGAAAAAAAAAAAUACUAAUACAAUAACUACUAUUUACUUAAAUUUUAGUUGCAAGUAGUUUUCCUUUACUCAUACUCGACUUAUUUAACGAUUAUUAUUAAAAUAUGAUGUACAAAAAGUAGUUCAUUUUUACUUAUCAUGAUUGUUAAUGGUAUUUUAUUGACUCUUUUAUUUGUUAUUUUUGAAUUUUAUGGAUUACUUUCUGCCAACACAAUUGUUUGGGGACCUGGUCUGAAUCCUAAGAUUGUUUUGCCUGCUCGUUAUUUUUACAUUAAAUACAAUCAGGAUGAAUUAAAUAUAGAAGAUUUUAAUGUAAUAAUAAGUGGUAAAACUAAAAUUGGAAAUAAAUGUCGUAUUUGGACAAAUAUUUUGGACAGAAAAGAUGCAUCAUUUUUAGUUCGAUACAAAUUGUAUGAAGUAUGUUAUGAUCUCAUCAUACUAGUUGAAGAUUUAAAGACACAUAAAAAACAUGUAAAUAAUUUUUACCAAGGUCCAGUCUAUCCAGAUGAAUGUGACUGUUCUAAAAUGUCAAUUGAUACUUGGUUAUCAGAAGCUGGAUGUAAAACAGAUAUUAAGCAAAUCAAUUCUGAUCUUAGUCACUUUAAGAAAAUAGACUUUAAUAAUGUACUUAGUAAAAUGGUUAAAUUUUUUAGUCAACACUCGCACAGUAUGAGCACUUGUCAAUAUGUUGUAAAAAACAAUUUAAUUUUCCGAAAAUGCUAUGGUGAAUAUACCGGUUUUAAAAUGUUUAUGGAUAAUUUAUUACUGUCAUUAAGUAGAAAGGUAUAUUUACCAGACUUAGAAUUUUUUGUGAACUUAGGAGAUUGGCCGCUUUCAUCCCCUAAAAAUCGAUUUCCUUUGUUUUCUUGGUGUGGAUCAAACUAUACUAUGGAUAUUGUUAUGCCUACAUAUGAUAUUACUGAAUCAUCUCUCGAAAAUAUGGGAAGGGUGAGUUUAGACAUGUUGUCAAUUCAAGGCAAUAUUGAGAAACCAUGGUCGCAAAAAAUUGAAAAAGCAUUCUGGAUGGGUCGUGACUCAAGCAAACAUCGUUUGAAUCUAGUGGAUUUAAGUAAAUCACAUUCAGAUCUUAUCAAUGCUUCAAUAACAAAUUUCUUUUUUUAUAAAGAAUUGAAAGAAAAGUAUGGUUCUGGAAAGAAACCAAUUUCUUUUUUUAAAUUUUUUGAUUAUAAAUACCAGUUAAAUAUUGAUGGUACUGUAGCAGCUUAUCGAUUUCCAUAUCUAAUAGCAGGCGAUUCAUUAGUUUUCAAACAAGAUUCAGAGUAUUAUGAACAUUUUUAUAAUGAAUUAACUCCAUGGGUUCAUUAUAUUCCAAUUAAAAGGAAUUUAGGUAAUUUGGUUGAUUUGAUUAAAGCUAUGAUUAAUGAUGAUGAAAAAGCCAAAACAAUAUCAUUGAAUGGACAAAAAUAUGCAAGAGAAAAUUUAGCACCUCAUGACAUAUUGGGAUAUUACUUAUUGUUAUUUCAAAAAUAUAGCAAGUUAUUGAUAUCAACAGUUGAAGUUCGUGACGAUAUGGAAGCAGUUAUAAAUACAAAGACCCAAUUAGAUUGUGAAUGUGAUAAUGAAAAUAUCAGAGACAAUUCUAAGAUGGAACUUUAAAAUUAAGUAAUUAAUCGUAAUUUAUAAUGUCUUCUAUUAGUAUUAUAUCGAGUUAACAGAUACUUGCCUUAUUUAUAUAGAAAAAUGUUCGAUAAUUGAAACAUUAUUUGUAAUUUUCAAGAUACUAAUAUGUUUUUAAAAAUCACCCAAUUGUCAACAUUGUAUUUGAUUCUCAUUAAGUAAUUUUUAUUCUUG